AUGGAGCACCAAAGGAUAGCGGAGGAGCACAGCACGAUGGACAACAAGAACACCCUGAAGAAGACCAAGUUCGACCUCCGCAUCAUCCACUCGUACCUGGCCAGGGUCUGCGAGGAGAGGGAGCUGCUAAAGAUCCCAGUGGAGGAGCUCGAUGACCACCUCGCCAACUUCAUCUGCACCCACCGCAAGCAGGACGGCUCGGAGUACGAACCGGGCACGCUGCGCGGCAUCUUGGGCAGCCUGGACCGCCACUUCGAGAGGUCGGGCUACCCCUACGCCAUCUACCGAUUCAAGGAGACCAUGUUCCAGAAGACGGUGAAAGCCAUGAAGGAAAAGCAGAGCUACCUGAAGACCAUCGGGAAGGGAAACCACCCCAACCAAGCGGAGCCUCUAACCGAGCGGGAGAUCGAGCUGCUGUACUCCACGGGGACCAUCGGGCUCCACAACCCCAGCGCUCUGCUGCACAUGCUGUUCUUCAACAUCGGUCUCCACUUCAGUUUGCGGACCAUGGAGCAGCACAACCUGAAGUGGGGGGAUAUAACCCUGAAAGCUGACUCCAGGGGGAGGAAGUACCUGGAGCACAUCAAGAAGCUGGCUCCCGGCAGAAGCUCUGGGAAGCUCCAUCCCAACCAGACCAUGAGAAUGCAGAUCUACGAGAGCCCGGAGCAGCCGGAGAGGGACGUGGUGAAAGCCUACGAGAAGUACUCCGUGGAGCGACCGGUUAAGAUGAAAUGUAAGGAUGCCCCCUUCUACCUCACCCCCCAGCCCGACUGCCGACCGGGGUACGCGUGCUGGUUUAAAAACCUCCCCAUGGGGGAGUGCAGGAUCCGCAGCAUCAUGAAAAACCUAAAGGCGGCCGCGGGGCUGUCCCCCGAGAAGAAGAUCACCAACCACAGUCCCAUGAAGACAUCCAACGUGAUGGGCAACGUCCUAUCUCUGAGAAGCAAGACCCGGCGAGACCGCCGCUCCAUGAACAACGGCAGCAAUGGCCAUGCGUCGGUGAAUGAGGCAGGCCCGGUGCUGUCCAGCCCCCCUUCCCCCGGGGCUGUUCUCAUUGUCCCCAUUGUUCUCUUCCCUAUUGUUAAGUUGAUGUUUAUGGUCCCGGCAGCUGUUUGUAAGGAUGUGGGGGGGACCUUAAGAGCAGAUCCGGACUCCUUCGGCCUCGAUGACGUUUCGGAUGCGGACGCCCAGUACGGUAGCCGGAGCGGCGCGUCGCGCAGUAGACUCCCGCGUUCUAGGCUCUGUUCAUCUGGCUUCAGCCUCAACAAGAAGAUUAAAGAUGAAUGGGACAUGGAGCCAGAAACCCCCCUGAGCCCCGGGCCAGAUUCUGGGGAGAAGAACUUGUACGAGGGUCAGGUGUCGGUGGCGUUCCACGACGUGGCGGCCUACUUCUCGGCCGAGGAGUGGGGUUUGCUGGAGGACUGGCGGAAGGAGCUGUAUAAGAACGUGAUGAAGGAGAUCCACGCGGCUCUCCGGGCCAUGGGCUACACCAUAGAGAAUUCAGACGUUCUGCUGAAGAUUAAAGAGCGGGAUCCUGGCAGAAAGAGCCCGAGCGAGGACAAGUCUGCCCCGAGCACCGGCUUCAGCCCGGAUAUCUUGCUGAGGAUUAAGAACGAUGACGUUUCGGACUGGAAGGAUUUGGAGGUGCCGGAGAAGGAGGUGGAGGAGAUGGACACGUCAAGUCUGCCGGUGUUUGACCCGGACCUUUCCUUGUGGGUCUUCCGAGAGGAGCAGGAUCUGAGUUCUUCCGAAGAUGCGAAGGACCAGGUGCUGCCCGGUGAUCCAGACGAAGGAGCCCACGCUUUGCACUCCAUCCCCUCCCCGUUUAAGGAGCCCGCCCCGGACAUGUCCACCAUGUACAACCCCAUCUACUCCGAGGUUCCCCGUCCUGGAAAAAGGAAGAGGCGCCCUCCUCAGAGAAGGAGCACCGAGCAGAGCCGGCACGCGGAUGACGGGGGCCUCGCCGACUGUCAGGAGGAUGCCAAGCACCGGCUCGUGUGCCAGAACCCCGGCCUGCUGGACCAGUCGGACUGGAUGCCCCACGAGAAGGUUUACCAGUGCGACCUCUGCGACCGGAGCUUCAGCGACCGGUCCAUCCAGGUGAAGGCGCCCGUGCCGGGGAUGGCCCUCCCGUGCCCUCAGUGCGGCGGCACCCUUAACCUGCACCCCCUCUUUAACCGCUCCGCCUGCACCGAGAUCGAGGCGAACUUUGCCCAGACGUUCCGCUUUACCGACGGCCCCGGGGAUUCCGGUUACCCUCAUCCCAUGCAAGGACCGGUGGGGUGAGCGCGGAGCGCCGGCCGCCGCGGUAUCCACACUGGAUUUUAUUUAUUGACUCUUUUUUAAGGUUUUUAACUCCGUUUCCACCAAAGCCGAGCGGAUUAAA